AUGGCGCAGAAGACAGGGCAGGAGGAGACGGAGUUCAAGGUCGUGGCGGGGAAUAAUUUAUGCCAGAAAUGCUUCAGCACGCCUGCAGCCGCGGUCCCUGCGCCGAAAAUCUGUGUUUUCGGAGAGAGAUCCAGCUCGACCACGACCGCGAGGUCAUCUCCGCAUAGGAUACUGAAGACGAAGAGAGAAGUGAACCGGUGCAGCCGGAGAGUCGGUUUGACCAGGUUCAGGUGCCGGUGCGGCGACCUUUUCUGCGCCGAUCAUCGCUACGACUGCAGCUACGACUACAAAACCGCCGGACGUGAGGCGAUCGCGAGGGAGAAUCCGUUGGUCAGAGCCGCCAAGAUAGUCAAAAUUUGA